ACUCGAUACCUGAGAACAGCCAUGGAGUGGAAAAUGCUUCCCGUUCAUCUGAUGCUGCUGCUUUCUGUUCUCUUGAUUCAGCAAGUUUCUUCUCAAGAUUUAUCAAGCUGUGCAGGGAGAUGUGGGGAAGGGUAUUCUAGAGAUGCCAUCUGCAACUGUGAUUAUAACUGUCAACACUACAUGGAGUGCUGUCCCGACUUCAAGAAAGUCUGCACUGAGGAGCUUUCCUGCAAAGGCCGCUGCUUCGAGUCCUUUGUCAGAGGGAGGGAAUGUGACUGUGAUGCACAAUGUACAAAGUUUGGCAAGUGCUGUCCUGAUUACAAGGAAUUCUGUGAAGAACUGCAUAAACCCACAUCACCACCGUCUCCCAAGACUGCACCUCCGCCUCCAGAAGCUUCUCAAACCAUCAAAUCAACCUCCAAACGUUCUCCCAAAUCACCAAACAAGAAGAAGACUAAGAAAGUUGUAGAAUCAGAGGAGAUAACAGAAGCAAAAGAUAAGAAAAAAGCACCUGAAAAAAAACCUAAGCCAGAACCACCAGCCGUAGAUGAACCUGGAAGUGGACUGGACAAUGUCACCCCAAAGCCUGAUAUUCCCACCACUAAAAGCAGUAAGGUUACCACACUUCCCAAGAUUACAACGGUAAAACCAACAGAUCCUAAGCCUACCGUUCCAUCUAACUCUGCUACAGACAGUAAAGAGACAACAAUUGAAACUAAAGAGACUUCUACAAUAAGUAAACAAACUUCAGCGAGUGCAAAAGAGAAGAAGACUACUUCAACUAAAGAGAUAAGAAGUGCAGAGAAACCAUCUGAUGAAGAGUCUGCACCCACGUCUGAAAUUCCUACUGAAGCUACAUCUAAGGCUGAAACUACAACUAAAGUCCCUGCUCCCCCCACCACUCCCAAGGAGCCCGAGCCCGCCACCCCUGAGGAGCCGGAGCCCACUAAGCCCAAGGAGACUGCUCUAGUCACCUCAGAGGCCUCUACCCCUACUACUCCUGUGGAGCCUCCCAAAAAGCCUGCUGAACCAACUCCAAAGCUUCCUGCAGAGCCCAUACCAAAAGCCACAGAAAACAGCCCCAAGCAGCCUGCUGUACCUACACCUAAAGCUCCCAAAGUGACCAAACCCCAAAUGACAACAGCUAAAGACAAGACAACAGAAAAGGAGAAACCUACUACACCUGAAAUUACAACAGCUGCACCCAAGAUUACAACAAAAGAGACAACUGCAGCUGAAGAGGCUAUGGAAAAACCUGAAGAAACAACAGUUAUUCCAAAAGCUACAACUACUGAUUCUAAAGUGACAACUUCUAAACGCCCCAAACCAACCAAAGCCCCCAGAAAGCCCAAGUCUACCAGAAAGCCUAGAGUGAAAAAACCAAAGACGACACCAACUCCUGCAAAGAUGACUACAACCCCAGUGCCUGAAACAACCCCAGCCUCCACAACAGAAACCACGGUCCAGACCACCACCAUUCCUAUCCCAACUCCCACCUCAAAAAUAGUGGAAAUAAAUCCAAAGGAUGAAGAUGCAGAUGCUGCUGAAGGAGACAAACCUGAGAUGAUUCCCAGUGCCCCACUGUUAACUCCUAUGGGUCGUCCAGGCAGUGAAUUCUUAGCGGGAGGACACAAUCAAGACAUUGAAAUCAAACCCAUGCUUUCAGAUGAGACUGAUCUGUGCAACGGCAAGCCAGUGGAUGCAGUGACCACACUGCGCAACGGGACACUGGUUGCAUUUCGAGGUCAUUAUUUCUGGAUGCUAAGACCAUUUACUCCACCUCCUCCACCUAGAAGAAUUACUGAAGUUUGGGGUAUUCCCUCCCCCAUUGAUACAGUUUUUACUAGAUGCAACUGUGAAGGAAAAACUUACUUCUUUAAGGAUUCUCAAUAUUGGCGUUUCACCAAUGAUGUAAAAGAUGCUGGGUAUCCCAAACAAAUUGUAAAAGGAUUUGGAGGACUAAAUGGAAAAAUAGUGGGAGCUCUCUCUGUAGCUAAAUACAUGAACAGACCUGAAUCUGUGUACUUUUUCAAGAGAGGUGGUGGUGUGCAGCAGUAUACGUAUAAACAGGAACCUGCCAGAAAGUGCCCUGGAAGAAGGCCAGCUGUAAAUUAUUCAGUAUAUGGACAAACAACACAGGUUAGGAGACGUCGCUUUGAACGGGCUAUCGGACCUCCUCAGACACAUACCAUCAGAAUUCACUAUUCACCUGUGAGAGUCACUUACCAAGACAAAGGUUUCCUCCAUAAUGAAGUUAGAGUGAGUACAAUGUGGAGAGGACUUCCAAAUUUGGUUACUUCAGCUAUAGCACUACCCAAUAUCAGAAAACCUGAUGGCUACGACUACUAUGCCUUUUCAAAGAAUCAAUACUAUAACAUUGACGUGCCUAGCAGAACAGCAAGAGCGGUCACUACUCGUUCGGGACAGACCUUAUCCAAGGCCUGGUACAACUGUCCUUAGUCAAGAAACAAAGGAAGAACAACUAAUUAAAAUGAAGAAAA